AUGGCCACCGUUGAGGUUGAACAAGUGAUCCCAGUUCCAGCAGCAGCAGAGAACGUUGAGGUACCAACACCAACAAAGACAGUGGAGGAGCCAGUGGUGGAGACGGAGCCGGAAGAAUCCGCCUCCGUAACAGAGUCUGCUCUGGUCGCCGUGACAGACCAAGAAUCCGAAGCACCGGUGAUAGAAACGAGCAAAGAAGUGGAGGUGAAGGAAACUCCGGCGGUUGUGGAGGAGGAGAAGAAGACUGAUGAGGUGGAGGAAGUUGUCGCUGCGGCAGAAGAAGCUGUCGUCGAGAAGGCCGAGGAGUAA